ACUAACUGCCGCUGUGUGCUCGCUGAUGCUUCUUGAUGUCGAUGUCGCUUCUGAGGCCGUUAUCAUGCGUCUUUCGAAUUGUGUUCAUGCCGAUGCUUUCGCGGUUCUGCAACUGAACUUCUUGAUUCGAUAUACUAAUUCGGUUUUUCCUGGUGCUAUAGGAAUACUUCACAAAGUCUGCAGGUCCCGUGAAGCGAGUUAUGCUCACCUACAACCAGAAUGGUACUAGCCGUGGAAUCGCAUCCAUCGUCUUCAGCAAGCCCGAUACAGCUGCGAAGGCUGCCAAGGACUUGAAUGGCCUUCUAGUCGAUGGCAGACCCAUGAAGAUCGAGGUUGUCGUUGAUGCCUCCCAUGCGCCCGAUGUUGCCGCUCCCAAGUCCCUUGGUGACCGUGUCGCUCAAACCAAGCCCAAGCCCAAGCCUGCUACUGCCAACAAGGCCGCUACUAAUGCCCCUGGACGUGGUCGCCGUGGUGCCCGUAAGAACGGCCGCACUUCCAACCGCCCCAAGCCCAAGACCGUCGAGGAGCUUGAUGCCGAGAUGGUUGACUACUUCGCUACCACUGAUAACACCGGCCCUGCUGAGGGUAACGCUCAGACGAACGGAGCCCCUCAGCAGCAACAGGCUGCCGCUGGUGAGGACCUUGGCAUGGCUGAGAUCUCUUAAAUGAUCCACGAUACACCUUCAUUUGUAAAAACGAUAUGAAGUUGUCGUCCAAACCCUUCGCCACCUGGCCACACUCUUUGCGCACUCGGGGUCUGCC